AAUAGUGUUUCUGUGGUGUGAUGUUAGGGUAUAUGUUCUGUGGUUAUUAUUUAAUUCAAUAUAGAACACGUGUUUGUGAAACAUACGGAGAAGUAGAUGUUAAGAAAAUUUUUGUUUUCAAUUAGCAGCGUAGUUUAUAAUAAUACUUCGCACAACUUUUCAAAUAGACGGUUCGUCGAACAAUUAAGAACUAUGAAGAUCGGAACUCAUGAUGGCGUCUUCCAUUGCGAUGAAGUACUCGCAUGCUACAUGCUCAAGCUUUUACCCCAAUACAAAGAUGCGGUCAUAGUCCGGACGCGAGAUAUGGCCAAACUAAAUGAUUGUGACAUUGUAGUCGAUGUUGGAGCCGUCUUUGAUCAUGAAAAGAAGAAAUAUGAUCAUCAUCAAAGAGAGUUCAAUGAAACUCUGAGUUCCUUGAGGCCGGAGCUUGGAGACAAGUAUAAAAUUAAGUUAAGUUCAGCGGGACUGGUAUACACCUUCUACGGUAAAGAAAUCAUUAAGCAGCUUGUGUCUAAUGAUGUAUCCUUAACUCCAAAUGACCUUGAUGUUAUUUACAGAAAGGUAUAUGAAAAUAUAAUUGAAGAAAUUGAUGCUAUCGAUAAUGGAAUUCCAAUAUGUUCUGGGGAACCAAGCUAUAAAAUACAAACUAAUUUGAGCAGAAGAGUAGGACGGUUAAAUCCGGAAUGGAAUUCAAAACAAUUAAUCAAUAUGGAUGAAGUAUUUGAAAAAGCGUUGUUGUUAGUCAGCGAAGAGUUUCUUCAUACUGUCAACUACUAUGUGAAAGUCUGGCUUCCUGCCAGAGUCUAUGUUAGAGAGUCCUUAGAGAAUAGAUUUGAAAUACAUAAAUCAGGACAGAUUGUUGAGUUUACUGAAAAAUUCCCCUGGAAAGAACAUUUGUUUGAUCUAGAAGAAGAAAUGAACAUAGGUCAUGAUAUUAAAUAUGCAAUUUUUAAUGACAAACCUAACUCAUGGAGAGUUCAAGCUGUACCAGUUAAUCCUACUAGCUUUAUUACCAGAAAACCCUUGCAUCCAAAUUGGUGUGGUAUAAGAGACGAAGACCUGAGUGAAAUAGCAGGAAUCGAGGACUGUAUAUUUUGUCACACUACUGGAUUUAUUGGAGGCAACAAAACAAGAGAUGGGGCUUUAAAAAUGGCCAUUGCUAGUUUAGAAGCGGAAACAUAAUCAUGUAUUUUAAUAGAAGGUAUAAUAAAUUUACUUACAUUUAUAUUUUCGAGUACUUUUAGUGUUGUAGACUAAACUACCUUUGAAUCCUCAGAUCAGAAUCAGAGUACAGCAUGCACUCUGAAGGAUGUAUUAUCUAAGAAUGUAGACUUAAUGUCAAACUGGUACAAAUAAACCUGGUAAACAGAUCCCUAAUAGUCCUUUAACCUUCUGUCAGGUGAGUUUUUAAUCUACAUUUGACUAAGGUGUAGUGUAUCAGGCGUCACUACAUACAGCAUGAUUCGCUUAUUACUUUCAGAAAUAUAAGAGCUCUAGUUUGUUUUAUGAUUAAUGGGCUUAUCUAAAAGCUAGUUUUCUCAAAUUAUAAAACUAUUUUCGUAUGGAAUCAUUUAUUGAGAUCAAUGUUUUCAUUAUUUUUAUGCAUAAAUGUAAAAAACUAUUAAAAAAAAAACAAAAUUACAAAACUUCUAUUAAACUGAUCAUUAAUCUUUUAAACAUUAUCUUAUAGCUCUAAAACAAAAAAAUCAACAAGAUUCAAAUCAAUCUUGUCAUAGUGGAGAAGAAUAUUGUAGACAAAUUGAGUUGAUAAAUAUCAAAAACCAAUAUGUCCAUAGUAAGUGAAAAGUAGAUAUCAUAGUAUUUUCAUCUGCAGGUGCUGACAACGUUAUUUCUUAGAUUUUAAGGUUUAUUUUACCUUUAUUUGACAAUUACUACUGCCGGCAAUAAAGAAAUAUUAACGAAUCAAAUCAAAUCUUGUCAGAUUCGUUAAAACUGGUUUGGACAUAUCGCACCCCCGGUGCGACACUGUCACUUAUGCAAAAAUGUAGUUUUUAAGGAGAAGCGUUUUAAACUUUGACACCUCACAAAACAAUGACUUAAGAAUAUAAAGAUGAGAUAUAUACUACAACAUCCACCUUUAACUUUACUUUUGGAUAAAUAUUAAACACUUUAUAUUGUAAAAAAUAUACUAUACCAUUAUUUAAGCCUUCUAACCCCCUCAGAAGUGACAUUGUGGCUCUAAAGAAAAAUUAUACCUACAAAAAUAAUAAAAAAAUCAAGCUACGAAAAGUAAAUAGUCUAAGAAACUCUUUCAAUUAACAAUCUUAUUAGAACUAAAAGAGAAUUUUACGUAAGUAUGUAUACACUUUUUAUCUUAGUAACUACUAACUACUAAUAUUUACUUACAAUUAAAAUUAAAAAAUAUCUUUGGGUUCAGAACCAAUGCUCCUAAUCCUAGUUACUAUCUGAAUUCUAAGUUUAAUCAGACUUAUGACAUCACAGCGAGUUAAUCACCUAUAUCUUUUAUAAUUCUUAAAAUUGUAGUUUAGGAAUCACUUAAUAAAUUCUUCAAAACAAUUAAAUCAAUUAAACAUAAAUUUGCAAAAUAACAAAAUAUUGAAUUCGUUUUCAAUACGUGUAAUAUUUAAUAGUUUAAUAAAAUGAAAUGAGAUCUCUAAAAAACUUUUCAUAGUAUCUUGGUACUAUGUUUGUUUCUACCAAACUCAAAAGGUCGUGCUUCUUGCAUUUCUGUAAUAGGAAUUUUCGAGGUAUAUGCUGGUUUCAAAACGACUUCGUUAAUGUUUGUAACAUUGCCUCGAGCUCGACGUAAGUUAUUUCUAUUUGGUUCUAAUAUAGCUUUGGCCUCCUCCCAGUUUUCAGUCUUGUACGUUGUUCGAUAUUGAUAAUUGGCUCAAUUUUUAAUAAACUUAAUACCCAUAAUCUCGCUGAUUUUAAUUGUAUCCCCGUUAAUAUUUUUGCUCAUGUUAAAGUUUAUGUUAUCUGUCAAAGCCUUAAGAUCGACAAAAUCACUGUAGUUCAUUUCUCUCACCAAAAAUGGUUUCCCUGUCUUCUUCGCUCCUCGUAUUAUGGAUAUGUAUUGUUCAGGAAUAUAGAUUGGCCCAGAUUUAACUUUCCUAAAGGGCAUGGCAAGACAGCUUGUAAGUCGUAGGUCCAUACGAUCUUUGUGCUUUGAGAAUCUUGACAUUCUUUCAUGUCUCUAUCUUUUUCAGUCCUACUCAAGCUUUUUUCUUCUUGGUGAACCUUGUAACUAUCGUAUAAUUUAACUUUUUCUUGUUCUGGUGCAUUUUCGUAUGCAACGCAAUGCUUCCCGUGUUUGCCUCAAACAAUCACAGUUCGUAUAGUUCCAGGCGAAAUACCCAAGGUGUUUAUUAAAAAUGAUUUGCAAACCCGGACUCGGUCAGUCCGGGUUUGCAAACCAUCAUUUAGUAAAUAAAAUGCAGAGCUACCUUGUCUCGGGUACCGACGAUUCGUGUUAAUGUCGGGUAAAUGUGGGAUAGAUGCCCAACCUCUACAAAUGUGCUUGUAAAAUAAAAGGGAUAAGUAAUUAAAACUAUAAUACUUUUGUUAGGGGAGAGUUGGAUAAUACCGCGCCCCUAAGGAAUUUCACUUAUAAUUAGGAAACUGUUUGAUUUUAAAAGAAACAAAAUUUUGUGAUGGUUAGGACAUUUAUUCAGGUACGCAUACCGUAUAACAAAAACUUCCAAAAUUCAAACAAAAAAUAAUUAUCGUCAUUUUACAAAAAUAACUACAGGCGCGGUAUUAUCAAACUGGUCCGAUAAUAUCGUGCCCAGGGUUGAUAAAAUCGUGCCCACAUUAAUUGCACACAAAUGGGUAGAUAAUAAAAAAAUACAAUUACAAAACUUAUAAUUUAUGACAACAAAACGUAAAUCUUAUUUUAUAACUAGGAGUCUUACUAAAUCUUAGAAUUAUAUAUAGACUAGUCAGUCUCAAAAAUACCUCACAUCAAUUAAAUAGCAAGUAAAAUUAAUCACGGCAAAAAUCACAUAUAAAAUUAUUAGCAGAAUCUUUUCCGCUACAUUCCUUGUGUAUCCAAUCCGCGCAUCUACAACAACGGAACCAGAUUUCUCCAUUACGUCCAAACUCUUGAAAUACGGCGCAAAUAUUAUGAUUUUCUAUAUCGUCAUCUUCAUCAUCAUCGCAUAGUUGAGUUAGAGGCACAUCAUCCAUGCUAUCUUCACUGCUGCUCUCAAUAUUUUUUUUAGACUUUCCUUUGCUUUUCGAUUUUCCUUGCUUGACCUUUUUCUUAUUGUUUUCAUAUUAUUAUCUUCAUCCUCACUAGUUUCGCUACCAUUCAAAACUCUUCUCUUGACAGACUUUCCUUUAGAUUGAUUCUUUUCUUUAACUUUCUUCUCUGCAGCGUUCUUUUCUUUUUCUAUCUUCAUUUGUCGCUUUCGUUCUUUUUCCUCUAAUUGCUCUUUUAAUGGAGUUGAUGUGAGAAUAAUAGAGUGCUGUUUUUUAACACGUCUCUGUAUUUUUAUUGUCUUUUGUGGUAUAGGACUCAAAUCUUCUAAAAUACGUCGUGAAGUGCUCGGCUCAGCGAUAUCUUUUCUGAUAACUUCAUUUAUAGCAGCGGAAGGCGUCUCUUUAUUUCUAUUGCUGUUAAAUGAUAUGCCCGAAGAUGUCUCUUUAGCAAAAAUGUCAACAGGAUUCUGGUCGGUUUGUAUCUGGGGAGUAUGAGAACUAAUUUCAUUGGACCAGUCUAAAAUUGAUGGUGAUGAUGGCAGACCUCGAGUGGAUUCGUCAUGUCCAAUUGCUGGUUCUAUAACCCUUAAUAAGGCUUGCGCUUGUGUUAGAGCUAGAAAGUAAGUUACAGUGGAAAUAGAGUGAAUAGAUACUACAGAAUUAAAAAAAAGUAUUUUGAAAAAGGUGGGAUGGGUUUUUACCCCCUUUUUUUGGGUGGGAAAUAAUAUCCCUUUGCCCGAUUAUGUAUGUGCACUUUGUCUCGAAGUGGGAAAAUAAUUCCCUUUGCCUAUUUAGGUAAAGGGAAUUAUGCCUAGUUUUGUUGUUAUUCAUAUACUAGUAUUUCACCUGGUUUCGCUUUUUACAUUUUUUAUUUUUUUUUAAAUCUAGUGAAAUACGUUACGAACUUUUAUUUUAUUUACCUAUGAAUAUUAUCAUGCAUGCUAAAUAAAAAGCGGUAUUGCAAUCGCAUUUUUAUUUUAAUAAUUAAUAUACUUAGUUACAAGUGAAGCUAAAAGCGUGUUAUUAAUAUAAUUAUUCUUGGGGUGAAGCCUCGUGAAAUAAUUUAAAACAUUUCUUUGCACAUAGUGCAACUUGGCACGUAGAACAUACUAUUUUUGUUCUUCUUUCCUCUUUUUUUGUACUACAAAAUCGGCAUCUUUUGUAAGUAUAGCCUUCAUCCUUCCUUCAUGGACGCCGACAUUGAGUAAACGUAUUGCAUCUGGAACUCCAAAGUUGGAACCCUUUUUGUUUUUGAAAAGAACCUGGCGUUUUACCUUGUUAUAGUAAUUUGAUAUCAGCUCACGAGCCAAUCGCAAUCGAAAAUUUCGAUGAGAAUGAGUACUUGCUACAUGCACAGUGUUGUAGGUUAUAUAGCUGUUUAUGAUUGCCGCAUCAAACAAAGAAAAACAAUCUCAUCUAAAACUUCCUGCAUUUUUUAUUGAUCGGAUAUGACGAUCUGAAAUGAUCGAAAUGAUCAACGCCUCCCAUGGUGAGCGUAUACUGAGCGAUAGCUGUGGGGAUGAGAACUUCUUUUUUAGUACCAUCCUUCUGAGUUCUCUUUACAAAUACUGUGUCAGUUGGAUGGUGAGCUGUCGUAAGAAUAUUAACAUCCCUUGUAUCAAGCCACCUGAUUGCUGUAAUUGGUUUAGCAGUUACAGCUGCAAAUUGGUUCCUUUCAAGUUUUAAAUGUUUUGGUUGAGACUUUUUCAAAAUUUCCGGAAGAUCUUUUCUAUUUACUCUAACUGUACCAACAGCAAAAAUUUUAUUUUCGUACAAAUCUUCCAUUAGGUUACAGCUAGUAAAAAAGUUAUCAAACGCUAUCAGAGUGUUCUCAGGAAGGCCGGCUGACAGCUUUUUAACCACAUUGUACCCCAGUCCCUCGUCUUCCAUACUGUCUCCUCUCCCGGUAUAAAUUUCGAACUAGUACAGCUAGCCGGUUGCAGAAUCACAGCGCGUUCAGAUUUUGAAGCCACGCUUGAUUGGCUUCUUUGGCAUAUACUGCUUUAAAGAUGACCUUCCUUUAAACUUCACCAUGCAUUCGUCUAUUGAUUGUUUACUUGAAUUACCUGUUUCCUGCUGGAACAGUUUAUUAAGCUCUUGAAUCAUUGGUCUCAACUUGUACAUUUUAUCGUAUUCCGGUGAGUUCCUAUUUGGUUCUUUUUCAUUGUCAUUUAUGUGUAAAUUUUCAGUUAUUUUUUUAAAUCUUUUGAUAAGCAUAAUGUUUGAAAUUUCUGCAUUAUUGUAAAAAGGGUCAUUAGACCAAUAUAGCUCCAUAUCAGGCAAUGGGUUUAACCCCAUCAUUAUUAAUAUUCCAAGGUAAGCUUUCAUUUCCUUUGAUAAAACUGGUGUAAAAUUAUUGCUUUUAUUCUGAACCGCAUAUCUAUUUGUUUGUUCCACUAGAACUUGUACUAAAUAUUCUGGGAAAAAGUUUUGAAAAACAUCGAUAGGUCGCGUUUUGUGACUAUAUGUUGAUUGUGGUUGAAUUGUAUUGGUAAAUUCUGGAACAUUGUGUAUCUCUGUUUCAAUUUUCCACUCCCUUGGUUGUCUUACUGUAUUCAUAGUUCUGCUUGAUCUUGAGCGACGAUCCGGUUCUGUUACAAUAACAUUACUGCUGGAAGGUCCUGCACUUAAGUCAUCUGUAGAAAUUGGAGUAAAGUGGGAGUGUUCCUCACGAAUAUCAUCUAAGCAUUGGUCUAUUUCAGUUUCUCGUUGGUUGCAAUCCAUAACAAAGCUUUCUUCAUAAGUUGCAAAGUUUUCCUCUGUUGGAAGAGCAUCAUAUUGUCCUGUUGUCUCACCCACACUACCAAUAGGUCUAGGACUAUUUAUUACUAAAAUAUCUGUGAGUGCCUCUACUGAAUAUAUUUCUUGGCUUUCAAUAGUUUCUUCCAAGUUAUCAGAAAUACCAAACAACUCUUCAAGACGCCUUUCAACAAUAACAUCUUGAGACUCAUUCUGGUAAUCUGCCGGGCUGGUUACAGGGGCUGUUUGGUAAUAGGUAUCAUCAUCUGAGUCAAGAUCAGAUAAAUCUGACAGGUUUUUCAUGAUAUCUUCUAACUCCCGUUUCCCUAAAUUUGUUUUCUUAUUCAUGGUGAAUCCUACAAAUAAAUUAUUACAUGUAAAUAUCACAUCUACAUCCCCUAAAAAGCUUACUUUCAUUCAAAUUCCAGCAUUCUGUCAUUAUUUGUAUUUUGGGAAUAAUUUUCCCACUUAGUAUUUCGCAGAUUUUAACGCUGUUAUCAAUGUUAUACGCAUAAAUCAACAAAAGAAAAAACAAAGCUAAAGUUGUUAUUUCAUAUAGGGAUGUAACGAUACAUAUUUUUGCCGAUACGAUACCGAUACCGAUUUCAAACGGAAAUAAUCGGCGAUACCGAUGCCGAUAUUCAAAGACUUAGCAGUUAAGUGCUUUAUGUAUGUUAAACAAAUUUGAAGGAAGUUAAUAAAAUAAGAUAUUGAAACUACUUAAACAUAGAUGUACUUACACCUGUCUUCAAAGUUAUUUAUUUACUAAGUAUGAAACACCAUAUGUAUUUACCUAGGUCCUGAAGACUGAAGAAAAAUACUUACUGUGGUAUUCAUAAAAAAUAAACAGUUAAU